AUGAAGACCUUGUCCUCGCAUCUCACGCCACUCAACACUGAAAUAGGAUCAGUGGGCUUCAAUCCGGUGGAUUUCUCAGCGAGAGGUUUUGCACAGGCCGGCCGCAGCGCCAUCGACAACCUGAAGAGUCCUGUGACGGCCAGAGGCACGCACUUCCCUAGAACACCCAAGACGCCCGCUGCAUGCUCGGAAAGAAGAUUCUCUGAUGAUGGAGAGAGGUCGAUCAAAGGGCUCGGUCGUCGCAGAACGUCAUUAUCCAUGCACGCUAACGAAGUGGAAGACACCGAAGCGCUCGCGUGCUCGAGCGAGGAUGACUCCCCGUCCGGACUCGGAGUGUACCUUGGCAAGAUCCGCGAGCAAUCGAUUGCUGUUCGGUACGCCAUGUUCUGUCUGCCUGGUGCCAUACUGCUGGCACUUCCGUUGGUCAUCACUGGCACUCCUCCGCACGACCAGUCCCGUGCAGAUGGCAUCCGCUUGCUAGGACUGUUCAUCUGGAUCGAGAUAAUUUGGAUAUCCUUCUGGGUCUGCAGGCUGGUCGCCCACGCAAUCCCGUUUCUUAUCCAGAGUGUAUGCGGCAUUGUGGGCAGCGGCAUGCGCAAAUACUCUCUUGUUCUUGCCGAACUCGAGCUACCGACAUCUAUGCUCUUAUGGGCGCUAUGCGCAUACUCUACGAUCGACGUGAUCAGCGUCUUCGACAGAGCUGCAUAUCUUAACGGCAAGGGGAAAUGGAUCAAAAUUGUCAAGCACAUGGGCCAAGCAAGCACCGUUGCUGCAACCAUCUUCCUGGUUGAGAAGAUCUUUAUCCAGAUGAUCUCUAUAGCCUACUAUCGAAAGCAAUACGCGCGCGAUAUCCGAGACAGCAAGAGAUUGAUUCGUCUGCUCGUCUUGCUCUACGAUGCCUCGAGACACCUGUUCCCCGACUUCACUCCUGAUUUUGCAGAGGAAGAUGCAGAUUUGCAUCGAGCAAAUACUUUCGACUUGCGUGCCCAGCGCAAAAAGGAUGUCAGCCUCGGGACCAAACUUGCUGGUGGAGUUGUCAGGGCCAAAACUUAUGUGGCAUCCACAUUGGGAUCAACCUCUGAUGACACUGAGGUUCCAGAUGCCCAUGUGCCAAAUAAUUCACACACCAUCGUUACCAAGGCUUUGGAAACUCAGCAGUCCUCCGAGGCGUUGGCAAGGAGAUUGUUUCUGUCGAUAUGCGCAGAGGGUCAGGAUGCGAUACUGAAGGAGGAUAUGCUUCGAGUACUGGGACCGGGGAAAGAAGCUGAAGCCGAUGCAUUUUUCAACAUUCUGGAUAUCGAUGGCAACGGAGACGUCAGUCUUGAAGAGAUGACCUUACUGGUAGUCAAUUGUGGUCGCGAGCGGAAAUAUCGUGCAAGCACUAUCAAAGAUAUGUCUUCAGCAAUUGGAGUAUUGGAUAGCAUCCUCUGUUGCGUGGUGAUAAUAGCUGUCUCGCUCAUCUACGCCCUGUUCUUCAGCAAAGCUUUCGCGAGCAAGAGUAUUCAGCUGUGGGGGGUUAUCAGUGGUCUAUCAUUUAUGAUCAGCAAUACUGUGCAUGAGUUCUUCCAGUGUUGCAUCUUUCUCUUUGUGAAACAUCCGUGAGUUGGCGACUGUGUGGUGCUCAUGACUAAAGGCGAAAAGCAAGGCCUUGAAAAAAUCGUCAAGCACACCAGUCUGUUCUUCACCGUCUUCAAGAAAGUAGACACCGACUCCCUCGUGCAGGUCCCGCACAACCUCGCCAACGACAUCUGGAUCGAGAAUUUCACUCGCAGCCGAGAGAUGAAAGAGCGCUUCAGCUGGAUUACUUCAGGUACCUGCACCAACAUGCAACAACUCCUCACCCUGCGUAAAGAGAUGGAGAAAUUCGUUCGCGCACCGGAAAACUGCCGCGACUUCUCCCCAGAUGUCGAUCUUGAGAUCUCCGCCCUCAUAGACAUCCGUAAUCUCGAAUUACGCAUCGAGAUCCGCCACAGAGGUGACUGGGCCAACCAAGCGAUCCGGCUGCACCGCCGCAACAAGUUUAUGGUUGCACUUUGGGAUGCCUGUACGAGAGUUGGCCUCGAGCAACCUGGUGGAGUAUGGGGUCCUCACAACCCAGUUUUCACGGCCGAAUAUGGUCUCAAAGAGCAGAGCGAAUGUGCAGAAGUCAAGAAGGAGAAGUACAAGGCAGCCCUCGACAAAAUGUACCCUGGUGGUAUGCAGAACCCUGAACUUGCGCCGCCGGAUCAGAAGCCAGAGCAGACUUUGUAUACUGGGCUGAAGAAGAGGAAUCCUUAUCUGCAAAUUCCGGAUGCUGGAAGAAGGCCCUCGAUUUGGUCUCCUAUAUGA